UCUUUCAGUGGAAGUUGCAGGCGACUUCAAGGAAAGAAAGAAAAAUACCCCAAAAAGAAGCUGGCCUUCAAAGAAUUCCCACGCUCUAACAAAGCGAGRAAKCUAAAUCAGUUAUUGUACUAAAGCUCGCUGAUUGAGGCUGUGUUUUUUGCGAGGAAAAUGCUCAGAAGUGAUUUUCUGGAGCAUCGUAGUCCARKUAAGGAGCUAUGGAAUACAAAGGGUGAAGAUAGACAGGCUUUUGUUCAAGACAUUGAGAUCUUGUCUGACGAUGAAAGAGCUUUAGUACAUGUAGGAAAAGUGCUUGGAAGUGGUGGUUUUGGUACUGUUUAUGAGGGGAAGUACAGAGGAAAAAAAGUUGCCGUUAAAAAGCUCCACGCAAACUCCAGAAGUCCUAGGGCAAUGUUGCAAAGUUUUCAAGCCGAGACUACAAUAAUGUCAUUUUCUCAUCCUAACAUCAUUAAAACACUAGCUGCGUCCUCCACGGAACUGCCAUUGAGCAGUCGAUUGAUAGUCAUGGAGUUUGCGGGGACCAAGACAUUACGAAAUAUCAUAAAUGACGAAAAGGAACUUAUURAUGAGAGACGAAGGCUGAAUUUCGGUCUACACUUAGCAAGUGCUUUAGAAUUUAUACAUCAGAGAGAGAUUGCCCAUUUGGACGUCAAACCAGCUAAUAUAUUGGUAGAUGAUCAUGAUGUUUGCAAAUUAGGGGAUUUUGGAUGUAGUCAAAUUGUUGUUGAGGGAGAUGAGAAUCUACCUGCUAGUCCAACCUAUUCAUAUUUAACAGGGACUUUUGCUUACCGCGCACCCGAACUAUUGAAGGGUGAAAYACCAACAACACAAGCUGAUAUGUAUUCAAUGGGGAUUUGCCUAUGGCAGUUACUAACAAGAGAACAGCCWUAUGGUUCUGAAAAUCUUUAUGUAGUUGUAUUUGGCGUUGUGGCAUAUAAUUUACGUCCAAGAGUACCUUCMACCGAUAAUCGCACACUCCAAGAGUAUGAGAACUUGAUUGAACGUUUAUGGCAGAGUAAUCCAUUGGUACGGCCAAAUGCCUCUGAUACUUUAAGAACUUUAAGAAGGUUUUAAAAUAAGGGUUCUUAACUCGUGUUGAUUCUAAUUGCUGUCAUAACAGCCUUGCUAUAUAUAUUCAUAUAGAGUUGGUCUAUAUUCUCACUCAAAGGCGAAAAUUUUGAUAUAUUUGUUCGUAAA